CAUUAGUGGAACUGUUUGAAGUUAGAAACUAGGCUAGUGAUGUGAUAUCGAAGAGAGUGAUCAUCUGUGGUGCUAAUUAACGUAUCGGUCUCGUUGGGGUGUAACAACGGUUCCAAAUCAGCGGAAAACCUUGACAUUUCGCACACGCACACAAACCGUGAGUUCCGUUGACGCGUGCUUUUUUGACAACCACCGGUGACUGCGCAACACACCUGUUGUGCCGGGAUGUGACACGCAAAACCCGGCCCGCCUUUUGUACCAUACUUAGAAAUAAUAGUUACAGAUUUAACUUGAAGAAAGCUUGUCGAGUGCUAACUUUCAGUGAGGAGCAAAAUGCAUCGGUUUCGUCAAACAAUAUUUAGUGUUAUAACCGUACCAUACGGUGGCCUGCGGCGAACAUCGUUCCACACGGCGAAGACAACGUUAUCAGAAGCCGACAACGCAACCCAUCUAUCGGAACAGGCGGCGACGUCAUCAGGGCCAAGGGAAUCAGAGUGGAAAAAUGAUAAGAACCCUUCGACCAGCGCAACCGAUCGGAAGCAAACCGGGACGAUCACUACGAGCAACAACGACGGUGCUACUCUGACGGACACAUUCGGCCGCUUUCACAGCUAUCUGCGAAUUUCACUCACCGAGCGGUGCAACCUGCGGUGCAAGUACUGCAUGCCGGAGGACGGUGUGACGCUAACGGCCAAGGAACGACUGUUAACCGGUUCGGAAGUGAUUCGAUUGGCGCAACUCUUCGUCGCCGAAGGUGUGCGGAAGAUACGGCUGACUGGCGGUGAACCGACGGUACGCAAGGAUCUCGCCGAGAUCGUUGGCCAGCUGAAGGCCAUCCGGGGCCUCGAGAGCGUGGGUAUUACGACCAACGGAAUCAUGCUCACGCGUCAACUCGUCGGUCUGCAGAGGGCAGGCCUCGAUGCGCUCAACGUCAGCCUCGACACGCUAAGAGCGGCCCGCUACGAGCAAAUCACCCGCCGCAAGGGUUGGGAGCGCGUGAUCGCCGGCCUCGAUCUGGCCAGCCAGCUCGGCUACCGGCCGAAGGUGAACUGUGUGCUGAUGAAAGCAACACUUCCAAGUUCAUUCGUACAAACACGCCGUUCUGGCUCGCUGGCGCCUGCUGCCGGAUCCACCGGCUCCCCGUCGGUGCGGUUCUACUCCUCGCUCAGUCACGUGGACGAACACACUGGCCGCGCGACAAUGGUGGACGUGGACGAAAAGGUAUCGACGAAGCGGGUGGCCAAAGCGCAGGCCACCGUGUACGUCGGUCCUACGAUUGCGGCCCUCAUCGAGAACAACGAGCUGAAAAAGGGGGACGUCCUGUCCAUCUCACAGAUGGCCGCCAUUGUGGCGGCCAAGAAAACGUCCGAUCUGAUCCCGCUGUGCCACAACAUUCCGCUUUCGUCGAUCAAGGUUGAAACGAGCCUGAACAGCUCCACAAACGAGGUCCACAUUCUGGCCAAGGUAAAGUGCGACGGCAAGACGGGCGUAGAGAUGGAAGCCCUGACGGCCGUGUCCGUCGCCGCCCUGACCGUGUACGACAUGUGUAAGGCGGUUUCGCACGAGAUACUCAUCAAGAACAUAAUGCUGGUGGAGAAGACGGGCGGGAAGAGCGAGUUCUACAGGAAGCAGUUCCACCACGAACCGACACUCGAGUCGCGGGCGGCCGCUAGCCGCGAGUCGAAGGAACUACCAAUCAUCACACGGGCCUACCGAACGGAUCCGAUCGUCACGAAGGAACCGUUUGUGCCGAUUUACAUUUAAUCACCGGACCGGGAUCGCAGAACGUCGACAGAAGCUUAGCAUGUAGAGAGACUUUAUUCAUUAGACCAGUCGUCAUCCAAUCGGCGCGCACGCUGGAUAAUUGCUCCUCAAAAUUUGUCGUCCACCAGCGCCGCUUGGCCCCAGUCGAGCGCCAUCCGGGUGCUGCCGCGCGAAAUGGCGCACAGCUUCACCACCAGCUCGCCGUACGUCUCCGACGACAGACCCUUGUGCUUUGACCCGUCGGCCAGAAUCUUGGGGUCGCGCAUCUCCGGAUUGACGCCACUAAUCCAGCUCAUCACCGCCGAACAGGCGUUGGCGUACUUCGGGAUGAAGAGGGGCGCACGCAGGGUGCGCUCCGCCGAGUGAGACCCACUCAGUGGGCAGUGGACGCGCGCGUAACCACGGUUAGUUUCCACGUUCCACACGUUCGCACCGUACAGACUGAAGAUGAUCUGUGGCCAACCGUACGGGUUGGUCGAUUUCAUCGUAAACUCGAUCGGCAUGUUGAACACGACCGUCCGGUAGUCGGACUCGGUGCGGGCACUUUGCGUGACGGCCGAUUGCAGACCGGACACCAACUCCCAGUCCGGACCGGCCACGAUGUCGUAGCGGCAGAAGAGCCCACUGCCAUCCGGACCCAUCGGGAAGUAGGCUGAUUCCAGUUGGCCGGUGACGGUAAGAUGGAAGAAACUUUCACUUUCGCCCGAUGUUAACUGCAGCUCGAGCAUGGUUUGGCCGCACCCACAAACAGGCAAGGAUUGGCCAACGAGAAUUGCCCAGUGAACGCGCAAAUUAUUAGACGUUAGACGUUUUUGAGAAACGAUUGCAGCACUGCUGUGUGGUGCACAACAGGUUUCCAUGGUGACGGAAGGAGUGCUGAUGUGUCACACGCACCUUCGACAACAUGACUUAUUUUGGAGCGGUUUAAAAUAAGAAAUGAUUCUAGCGAUUAGUGCAACCCAACUUGUUUUGUCUUAGAUUUAGGUCGUUCUUAUUAUUGGAACUGAAAUAAAAAGAAAAAUGAUUUUUCUUACGUUGCA